CUUUAUACUAUUUGCAUUUAAAACUUGCUGUUAAUGUUGUUUUAAUAGCAUUACAAUAAUGGACUUUCUCCAAUUUCUAAGCCAGUUUGGGCCCCUCCACCCUUUUCCUCUGGACGAGUAUACCUGGACUGUGUUGAAGAUGCUUCCUAAGGAUGUUCUGGCUUCAUGGUUGAUGAAUCAGAUGACUGGAGGACCACCCAUGUCUGGAGUACCCUCCCAGACCCAGGGACAAUGGCAAAGUCAAUUUUUUAACACAUCUCACUCUGGAUUCCAGUACCAACCCAACUCAGUAUCUGCUACCUUCCAGCCAAACUCCAGCCAAGGACAGGACAAUGACGAUUUUAUGGACUGGACCGAAGGUCCCCAGGUCACCAACAACAUUGGUCUAUGGCAAAAUCAAGUCCCCUGUCAACAGCAUGAGCAGCCAAUGGAUGUUGAUGUUGGGGAAGUGAAACACAACAAAUCAGCAGGCACUAGCCUUCCAACCAUCUGUCCCAGCCACUCAGCAGCUGCUAAAACAGUCUUGCCCAGCAAAUCAGUAGCGACUACUGAGAAAACAAUCUGGGAUAGCCAAUCAGCAGCUAGUACCAAGAAAACACUCUGGGAUAGCCAAUCAGCAGCUAGUACCAAUAAAACAAUCUGGGAUAGCCAAUCAGUAGCUAGUACAAAGAAAACAAUCUGGGAUACCCAAUCAACAGCUAGUACCAAGAAAACAAUCUGGGAUAGCCAAUCAGCAGCUAGUGCCAAGAAAACAGUCAGCUCUAGCCAAUCAGCUUCUAGGUCCUUCCACCAGAAUGAGCUGCAAAUGGAUGUUGAUGUUGCUGAAGUGAAAAAAACCAACAAACCAGCAGGUACUAGCCGUGCAACAGUCUGUCCCAGCCACUCAGCAGCUGCUAGAACAGUCUUGCCUGGCCAGUCAGCAACCUCCAAGGACACAGUCCAGUUUAAGCGACCAGAAGCUCCUAUGAAGAUAACAGUCUUUCCCAGAAAAUCAGCAGGUACUAGCCAUGCAACAGUCUGUCCCAGCCACUCAGCAGCUGCUAAAACCGUCUUGCCUGGCCAAUCAGCAACCUCAGAGACAACUGUCCAGUUUAAGCGACCAGACGUUUCUAGGAAGACCACAGUCCUGCCCAGGAAAUCAGAAGAUGCUACAUCCAGGUCAUUUCGCCAAUGGAAUGCUGCACAAUCUGGGCCAUCCAGCAAGACAGCAACCAGCCAAGCAUCUACCAGCCAGGGAGCCCCGGGACAAUCAUCCUUAACCCAAACAGCAGUCUCCAACAGCCAAUCAGCAACCUGCACUAAGAGACAUGGUGACAAAGUGAGAAGCAGCAGCCCUCCCUGGGAGAAUGGUUCCAAGAGAAGGAAGAUGUAGAGCAGGGAAACACAGGCUCAGAGGGAACAGUGUCACCGUCCUACUCAGUCCAACAUAGUGCCAUUAAUGUGGAGAUCACACCAA